AUGGCGGACUCGCUUAACUCUUCGCUGUUUGAGGUAGUGGGGCGCCUACAGGCCCAGCUCGUACGAAGCCCCACGCCCCCCAAACUACUAAAACACUUGAAGAGUCUCUCUCGUUUACCAAUCACACUGGACAUUCUCGUGGGGACUGGCGUGGGGAAAACCGUGAAUGCCUUGCGGAAAUAUGAGCGAGUCGCAGCCAUGGCCAGAGGCCUAGUGGCCCAAUGGAAGAAACUCGUGCCGGUGCCGAAAACCGCUGCCCAGACUAAUGAGCCGGAGCGGCGGACGCAGGAGCGGCGGACGCAGUUGUCUGAGGGACGACUCUCCAGAAAACGCACCCGGGACUCGUUGCCCAAGGAAAAGGAGGUAGGGGGGGAUGAUCGCAGUCCAGAGGGCGGGACAAAGAAAUACCGAAAACUUGAUAAAAGCCUUAAAGGCUCACCCUGUGCAGAGGCAAGAGCAAGUGAAAAUGACAGAAGAGAGGCCAUCACCGGCAAAAUGCAGAAAGGAGGAGGGGAUACAAGAAAAGGGGAGACCAGAAAGGAGAUGGCAAAAGGGGAAUCGAGAGAGAAUCGAGAGAAAGGGGAGACAGGAAAAAUAGGGACGAGAGGAAAAGAGGAGACAGGAGAAGUGGGGACAAGAGGAGAGGGGGAAACAAGAAAAGUGGGGACUGGAGGGGAUGUCAAAGUGGAGAAAAAAGCAGGGGAGAUUGGGAAGAGGUCUGGGAACCAGUUUUCAUUCUUGCGGUCUUCGGACUGUGAAUUAUCAAACAAGUAUCAUGUUCUGUCAUCUCAGGCUUCCACAAACCCUCAACAAGUGUUCAUGGACUAUGGCAAAACCCAAGAAAAACCGUCAGAUCAGCUCAGGCCAGCCCAGAAGCCCCACAAAAGGCAUAGUCAGGUUAUUGAGGACAAAGAAGGAGGCAACCCAAAGAGACGUCGUGUGAAACCUGAAGUCAAAGUGGCUGUCCAUCGCCAGCAUCAUCAGUGCAGAGAUAUAGCUCCUGACAAAUCCAUUAAUAAACCAAAAGGCAAGGAUGCUCAGAAAACAAAAGUAGAAAAGUCCAAGCUAAGGGUGGACAGCUUGCAUGGAGAGACAGAGAAAGGAGAAUUAACUCCAGAAGUAAAAGAUAAAGAAGUUUCUAACAAGUUAAAGAUACAGGAGAAGAGAAUGAAGCCCCUUAAUGCAAACACAACACCCUCCAAAAUUCAAGGAAUUCAAGAGUCAGAGGAGGAAGAUGGCUUUGAACAGCACAUGAUGUCCUUUGAAUCAUACCUUGUCUAUGACCAGCCUAAGAAAGGAAGGGUGGCUAAAAUUCCAACUUCUGGUAGCAGAAAGGAGGGCCACCUGAAGCCGAACAGUAUUAAACCUGCCAUUAAAAGCACCAGUAAAGAACUACCCAAGGAAAAUUCUAGCCAGCCAAAGAAGCACCAGGCUAGAGCUGGUUCAGCCAAUACCCCAAAGAGCUCUCGUGUGAUUCCAGCAUUACCAGCCCUCUCCUCAAGGGUCCUCGAGAAGAAUAUAGACUUAAUCUAUGAAGUUGGACAAGUGCCCUAUAAUAUUCUGACACCAGUUUUUGAGAAGUGUUCCCCCGAGCAGCUCUAUAGAAUCGAGGACUACAAUCCUAUAUUCCUGGAGGACUCUGACAACCUGUGGAAAGUUCACUGCUCUCGAGAUUUUAGAAGAGAACUGCCAAAAGAAUUUGAGUCCUGGCGUGAGAUGUACCUUCGCCUCCAUGAUGCUCGGGAGAUGCGGCUUCGCCACUUAACCAAUUCAAUCCGAUUGGCUCAUGCCAGAAGACCCAAAGGCCGACGGACCAAGAUGGUAUUUAUUAACCCUGUGUCCAGGUCUCCUUCUGAUAUUUCAGGAAGACAGAUAUUGAGAGUGGAAGGAACGGUGGUUCUCCAAAAUGCCAGCAUCAAGCCUCUCCAGUAUGCCUUGAGCAGCAGAAACUCCCUUGACAGUGGUCACAGCCAUGCCCAAGACAAGGCGCCAUCUGAUGGCCCAAGCACUAGCGGUGCCCACUUGGCUCCAUCAGGCAGCAAUCUGGACCUUUCUGCCAUCACGGCCUCCGAUUUCUGCGACACUUACUGA